AUGAAGGAAAUUGCUGCCUCACCUACGAUGCCCGAAGAAAAAGACCCUGACCACCGCUCGGCUGCAAUACACUCCGAAUCCGCUCAAGGCCAUGGAGACGACGAGGGUCCUCACGACUCGGAUGACGAGCCCAUGGUCUACGAGAUUCCCAAGGACUACGCAACUUGGGCGCGGCAGGAGCGCGACCGCCUCAUCGCCGAAGGUGCCGACCCCGACUCCGUCAUCUUACAAAGCGAAGUAGGCAAUCAUAUCCCUCGACCAGAAGGCGAGUCCCCUACCGACUUUGCGAAGCGUUACGCCGAGACUAUGAACGGCAUGAUUGCUCGCGGGGUUCGUAUUCUCAAUGAUCAGUGCAUUGCGGAUGUGGUGCCCUCUGGAUUCGAAACCGCAGAUGGCAGGUUUUUCGAUUUGGGCCCGGGAUCGGGCGCAACGAAGGGGGAGUUUAGAGCGUUCAGUCAGUGGUUUGAGGAGAUGUUGGAAACAGGACCGAUGCAUGCGGUGCCAGAGAAAUGGCUCAAGUUUGAGAAGCCAGCUGAACGGGGAUUUGAACUGUAA